AUGGGCUUUAGUGGAGACAUAAGGAAGCUUAGACCCUCGCUGGGAGACUCCCAGCUGGUGGAAUACGCUAGCGUUGAACCGCCGGCGGAGAUAAGGCCCUGUCUCAAUGCGUUGGGCGAUGCGAACUAUGUCAUCGACUUGGGCAAUUUGUUCACAUGGGGCCCGUUCGACUGCCUUUAUGACCCGCAAUACAGUGCGUCUCUUAACAACGGCGCUGGGCUCAAUGGCUUGGACACACUCUGUCAGCAAAGUCCCCUCCCAUUUGAGCCUCCCCCGGCUUUGCAAACUUCUAGGCCGGACACACCUAUUGAACCAGCUACCCUGCAGUCACUGUCUACUCCUGCAGAAGAAGCUCAUCAAUCUUCCGAAUCUGUAUCACAUAUAGUAAAUGAUCUCACAGCAUCUAGCUGUGCAUCUCCGCAAGGCGAUCCGGAUUCCCAUUCUGACGAUGAUAUACUGAUCGCAGAAAACUUCUUUCAUGUGAAGGCCGUGCGAAAUGAAAUGUAUGAAAAGAUCCAGAGCUUCUAUCUUGCCCAGACGGACAUGUGUUUCAAGAAGGUAGCCUUUCCGGACAUCAACCGUCUCAACUGUCUUGUUCAGCUAUAUUUUGAAUAUUUCCAUUCACAGAUGCCAUUCAUACAUUCAGUUAUGUUUGAAAGCGACAGCUCAUGGAUUCUAGUGCUUGCUGUGGCGGUUAUCGGAAGCCAAUAUACUAAAAUGGCUAAGGGCAAACAAUACAUUAUAGUUCUCUCCGAGCUCUUACGUCGUGCCAUCCCUCUUGAUGCUGUUAAAGCACUGCAAUACGAUGCUAUGACCCUGGCACAGUCUACUUUACUGCUCAAUGUCAACCUUGUGUUCAAUGGUUUCCGAGAUGAUAUCAUCAACUUGCAGUUUCUGCGCACCUGGCUUGCUACACUUAUUCGCCCAUUUCUUAACCCCAAUAGUAAACGAGAUUCUGUCUUGCUCCAUGUCUCCCGAACUGUAAAUAUUUACGACCGAUGGCAUGCGUGGCUUCAAGUGGAAGCCCGCACCCGCCUGGUAUAUGCAUUUUUCCUUCUCGACUCAUUUUGUGUCGUAUUUCUUGAUAUGCAACCAAGCUAUUCGAUGGAUGAUUUUGAGAACAGACUCCCUUCUUCAGACCAACUCUGGAGCAGCCAAGAUGCCCACUCCUGGCAGUCGCAUCUCCAAUCUUCCCGGGAGACACCCAUAAUCACCCUAAGACAGUUUCUGUCAUCUAGCUGUAGCAGGAACUUUUCUCUUGGACAAUUAUCACGGUUCAACAGACUGACAUUACUACUCGGUCUCUUUGUCGGAGAGAAGCAAGCUGCGAACAUAUCUCGAUUUACUACUCGCUUUCUAGUACCUAGCGGUAAUCCUUGUGCGCUACGGCACUCGCUUGAGACACCCAACUCAUACCCAAGCCUUAAUUCCAGAUACCAACUUUUAGAACCGAACUUCACACCAACAACGUCAGCGUCCACUUUCCCUGACUGCUUCACUAUCUGCUAUCAUUUAACAUCGAUUUUUAGAUACACGUCUUUGCGGGAUAUACUUGCUUACACAGGGUGGCUUGUUACUACUGUGGAGAGUAUCGCAGCCGGGAAGCGCAUAGCUCAAAUAAUGGAGAAGGACACAGAAGGUGCACGUAAAUGCGUAAUACAUGCCGGCGCAGUAAUCAGGGAGAUCCGUGGUGUCCUAGCUCCCGCCUGCUACCAUGGUUUCAGUCUCCUAUUUGCGUUUCUGUACCUAUGGGUCUAUGAGCGGUUCUAUACCAGCACCACUACUAAACGGCCGUGUCCAGACCAGUCCUCGCCAUAUAAGCUGCUAAGGAUCGACCGUGACCCCAAAUCAACGCUGGAGAAACAGUGGAUUGCUGGCGACCCCGACUGUCGACCUUACUUGACCGGUGUUGGACUCCUCUUGGAACCAGGAGCUUCCACACGCCUCCUUAAAGAAUGUCAACGUAUUCUCAAAUCUUUUGAUGCAUGGCCGCAUCUUCGAGCGGGAUUUAUUUUUUCGCUCAAUGAGCUUGUUGACGAGGUGAAUCCAUUGACCGAUGUCCCAUAUUCAUGGGCCUCGUGA